ACUGUGGCCCUACUUUAUUCCUAACAAGUUUUUAAAUUUAAAAUUGUAACCUAAAAAGUGAACAAUUUUCUGAUUCUGUUGAUGUACCAUUUUCAAGGUGGUUUAAAUAGUGAGGUAUAAUAUGGGUCCGAGCAAAAAUAAGAAAAUUAAAAAACUAAACUACGAUACAAAACAGUUACCAAACGAAAGUGAUAUCCAUCCCAAACAGACAAAAAAUGAAAGAAAGGUCCAACCGGCGAAACAUUUGGGAGAAGUUAUGUUACUAAAUUUUAAAUCGGUAUCUAAAGUGUUAGGAGGUAAAAAAUUUUAUGAGAAUGAAUUUGAUGCAUUCAAUAAAUACUAUACGGCAGUUAGUUCUGGCAGCACACUCUGCUCUAAUGUUACAGUGGUUGAUGAUCUUGAUUUUGUCGCUCCUUGUGAGUUAUACAAAAUGGUUAAAACAAGCAAUUUGCAGCAUAAGUCUCAGAAUCUCAAAGCUAAACCACUGAAAAAGGUUAACACGAAAAUUUUAUAUGCAAGUAAUAGUGUCAAGUUAAGAGAUAAUCCAGAGAAAGGUAGACAUUUAGUUGCAUCUGUUCCUAUACAACGAUAUGAGACUAUUAUUAAUGAGCCAGCUACAGUGCUCCAAGUUAAUCCUAGCUGCAGUUGUGUGAGAAAUCAACAUUUGCAAUACAGAUGUCAUUAUUGCGCCAAUUUGUGUUCAGAUUGUUUCAUAUGUAGUGAUUGUAAAAUAACUCUGUUCUGUUCAGAAGACUGCAAAAGCAAAGCAUACUAUGAAUUCCACCAAUAUGAAUGUGAUGGAUUUCAGAGACAUUAUUGGCCCAUGAAGGAAACAGACUAUAGCUAUAUGGCUUUUAGAAUGAUGUUGUAUGGAAUUCAUGUAAAUUUUGAUACAGACAUUUCUAACUCUAGAUGUUAUGGAAAUAGAGACAAUAACUAUGCUUUCAUUUACCAGUUAAAGUCGAACUUCAAUUCAUUACCUGUCGAAAAAGUUUAUGAAAUUUUGGAAUUAUCCUCCCGAACACUGCUCUAUUUAAUUUAUCGGACCCGCCUAUUUAGUAGGAUUGAGGCAGAAAGUCACAAGACAUAUCACAAAUACAUUGGUGGACUGUUAGUGAAACAUUAUUGCCAAGCGCAGCUUAAUACCAUACUACUGAGAUUUCCUAAUGUAAAUGUUGGUUUUUGUUUCAAUGUGGUUGGCGCCACUGGAAAAGCCAUAUGCCCUACAGUGGCAUUACUAAAUCACUCUUGUUCACCAAACGCGGCAGUAAUUCCUUAUGGUAAUAGAAUUAUAAUUAAAGCCAUGAGACCAAUUACAACAGGCGAAGAAAUAACAAUUUGUUAUCAAGAAUUAAGUGCUUUUUCUAAGCUUCAACAUCGAGACAUGGUUACAAGAGAAUUAUUUGGAUUUACCUGCCAUUGUUCGUUGUGCAUUCAUGAAAGAGCUUGGAUCAACAACCCAUAUCUCUGCGAAGUCUGCAAAGCUGCGACUGCCAGAAAAGAAAUAUUAGAGUCGAAAAUUUUGGGUUACUGCACCAAGUGCGAUUCUUAUUUUGAAUUUCCUUUCAACGUAGAGGGGCAGGCAAACAUUUCGAAGCGUAUAUUUAGAAAAAGAUAUAAAGAAGAGCAACUCCACUACAUAUUAGAGUGCUAUAAAUUUCUCUAUCCAAGCGACUCAUUCAUGUUUUUGGAUAUUUGGAAAUUGCUGUUUGAAAAAUAUACACGUUGGCAUGAAAAUCCAAUAAUGGUCAUAAAAUACGGUUUUUUGAUGUUCAAUCUUAUGGAGAAAUACAUACCCAGACUCUACAAACCAUUUAUGGAGGUAAAGCUUAAUUUUAUCACCGAAGUUAUUAACAGGCCGGACUUUAUUGCGAUAAAGAAAGUAAGCGGACCUGAAUUCGACUAUUUAAAUUUAUUCACUAAGGAGGUGCUCAAUUUAAAAAGGGAUGUGGACUUUUACGUGCCAAGCUACUUUGCGGACAGCUACUUGUCGAAUUUUAUCAUUAGAUUGACCUCUCUACAAGAGAAUCUUCGAAUAGACGAAUAGAAUAUGUUGUAAGACUGUUUCUUGUUUUUUUUUUAAUUUUUUGAAUUUCACCUGCGUGGACAUAUGUAAGUAUUAAACAAUGUGAUAAAGAAAACCAAAAGCAGUCGUGCCUUUUGGAAUCAGUAUUACUAUAAUGUAGAAAGAUUUUCUAUUUUUUUUUAAUGUUAUUGUCUUAGUGUACUUGUUAUUCGCGUUAUACCUAGCAGUGUUACACUAGAAAUUGAUAAGUAUGAAAUACUUGUCCUCAAAGUAGGUAAAUGCCAUUUAAAGAUGCCAUAGAGUUCCUAGACUAACUAAAUUGUAUGUUUUGUUUCCUUUUUAGAAUAGCUUUUCUGUUAAUUUAAUUAUGUUGGAACCAAAGAAUGUUAAGUUAAGUUACCAUUUUAUUUGUACGAAAAGUAUUCUGUGUUUGUUUUGUAAUUUCGUUCGUUUCGUUUGUUUUGUUAUUUCGUUCUGUAUUGUUUAUAUUUUCUUUCGUUUUUAUUUUCAUGCUCCAAAUACUGCGCUCAUUUAGUUGUGAAUUUAAAAAUAAUUUUGAUCGUUAGGCCACGUUUCGACUUCUAAGUUAAUCUACUUAAUACCAAGUUUUAAGUUAUUUAUUUUCCUUAUAUAA